AUGCACACACACCUCCGACACCUCUGCUCGCUCAUCCUUUUCGUUUCCAGCCUUGAUCAUGUCUCGUCACAGACUCAUGGAGAAGGUGCUGAAGGCACAGAGAUGGGACCGGUAGCUUUUAUGUGGCCCUCAGAUCGGAUCUGGGAUGCCGCACAUGACAACACAGCACCCUGCGGAAGUGCAGUUGGCCCAUCAAAUCGCACAGUGUUCCCAUUGCAGCAAGGACAAGUAGCACUUAGUAUCGCCGACGAUGCGUGGUUCGUAGCAUUCAGACUUGCGGUCGGCAAUGGCCAUCAAUGCUACAAGCUUGAUGCACUUGACAAUGUCUCUGCUGGCCAGAAUGCGACUAUCCAACUAGAGUACUGGGCUGAGUUCGAAGGCGAGAACGAUGGCCGAAACCAGUCGUUCUUCGCUUGCGCUGAUAUCGAACUGAUGCUUCAACAGACCUUCGUCGAGACCAAAGACUUUACAAUACAAGUCCCAUGCUUCAACGUGACCAGCGAAGAUUUCAAUGCGCCCACGCCCAGCUCCAGCUUCUCUCCAUCAAACACCGGUCUCACUGGCCCACCGUCUGAACAAUCGAGUGGUGGUAGUAGUGGUCUUUCAACAGGGGCGAAAGCAGGCAUAGCAGUUGGAGCUGUCAUUGCUGGUCUUGCACUACUUGGUGCCAUCGGGUUCUUGUUUUGGCGACGGGGCAGAAAUGCUGGCCUGAAGGGCAAAGACGAAUAUGAAUUGAGAGCGAAGAAUCUGGGCACCCCGGAUGGGGAGACACGAGCAUAG